GUCGGUCGGUCGCCCCCUCCCCUCCCCUCCCCCGCCCGCCCGCUCGUAAAAACUAAAUCUUCUCGUCUCCUCCUCCCACACGCGCACCACGCGUACGCGGACGAGGAAGCGGAGCGCACGCGGAGGAGACGAGCGAAUGGCGGCCACCCCCACCCGCCAUUAGAAGUCCCAGUCCAGUCCAGGCACCGCGUGCGCAGCGCAAAGCGAGGAGCGGCCGGCAGGGGGCAUCUCAUUCUCCUCGUGCCUCCUCCCUCUCUAGUCUCUAGUAGUCCGGCAGCCCUGGUCCCGGCGGGAGGAGAAGAUUCGGGCCAUCUCCAUCGGGCGCACGAGAAGGAAUGGGCAGCUACGCCUACCGCUACUGCAUGUGCUUCACCCGCAAGUUCCGAUCCCCGGACGCGCACCCGCCCCCCGACGUCCGCGCCGCCCACGCAGCCGCCGGGGCCGCGCACGGCGACGACGGCCUCCGCCGCUUCCUCGCCGACGUGCAGCGCGAGGACCCUGCCGAGGCAGACCGCGUCCUCGCCGCGCUCUCCGGCGGCGGCGCCGCCGGCGGGAUCGCCCGCUUCGUCGGCCGGUCCCCCGCCGCCGCGCUGCCCACGCUCGACGACUUCUUCGGCUUCCUCUUCUCGCCGGACCUCAACCCGCCCAUCUCCAACAAGGUUCACCAGGACAUGUCGGCCCCGAUUUCUCAUUACUAUGUAUUCACCGGUCACAAUUCUUACCUCACCGGAAACCAGCUCAAUAGUGACUCCAGUGACGUUCCAAUCAUAGCAGCAUUGCAGAAUGGCGUGCGAGUGAUUGAACUCGAUAUGUGGCCAAACUCCGCAAAGAACUGUGUUGACAUUCUGCAUGGAGGGACAUUAACUGCACCAGUAGAAAUCAUGAGAUGUUUAAAGUCCAUUAAAGAAUACGCUUUCUGCGCUUCAACAUAUCCUCUUGUAAUUACUCUUGAAGAUCACCUCACAGCAGAUCUCCAAGCCAAAGUAGCCGGGAUGAUCACGGAAACAUUUGGAGACCUCCUUUACGUCCCUAGUUCAGACACACUAAAUGAGUUCCCUUCUCCAGAAGCUCUAAUGAGAAGGAUAAUCAUCUCAACUAAACCCCCACAAGAAUACAGGGAAUUUCUUAAAGCUCAGGGUGAUCAGAAAAUCAGUGGCAAUGCAGAUAAAUUAGCAGAGGAAGGAAACUUGAGAAGAAUAGAUUCAAAUGCUGAUGAUUCUGAUGGCAAGGAUGAACCAGAUGACGAAGAUGACGAAGAAUCUGAGGAAGAGGAUCCUAAAUUUCAGCCGGAUACUGCCUGUGAGUAUAGGAAACUAAUAACAAUCCAUGCUGGCAAACCAAAAGGCCGUAUGAGGGAUGCGCUUAAGGUCGACCCUGACAAAGUCAGACGUCUUUCUUUGAGCGAGACACAGUUGGGUAAAGCAACAGCUUCUCAUGGUGCUGAUAUCAUAAGGUUUACUCAGAGGAAUAUAUUAAGGAUUUAUCCGAAGGGUACAAGGAUUAAUUCUUCUAACUAUGAUCCAAUGAAGGCCUGGACUCAUGGUGCGCAGAUGGUUGCAUUUAACAUGCAGGGGCAUGACAAAUCGCUAAGAUUAAUGCAAGGAUUUUUCAGAGCCAACGGUGGCUGCGGAUACGUUAAAAAGCCCGACUUCUUGCUAAAGACAGGCCCAAAUGGUGAAGUGUUUGAUCCCAAAGCGAGCCUGCCGGUGAAGAAAACCCUUAAGGUGAAAGUGUAUAUGGGGGACGGGUGGCGCAUGGACUUCAGUAAGACUCAUUUCGACGCCUUUUCUCCGCCCGAUUUCUACGCCAGGGUGGGGAUCGCGGGGGUGCGGGCGGACUGCGUGAUGAAGAAGACCCGGACGAUCGAGGACCAGUGGGUGCCGGUGUGGGACGAGGAGUUCACGUUCCCGCUGACGGUCCCUGAGCUGGCCCUGCUGAGGGUGGAGGUCCAGGAGUACGACAUGUCGGAGAAGCACGACUUCGGGGGGCAGACGUGCCUGCCGGUGAUGGAGCUGAAGCAGGGGAUCCGCGCCGUGCCCCUCCAUGACCGCAAGGGCAACAGGUACAAGUCCGUCAGGCUCCUUAUGCGCUUCGAGCUCAUCUAGCCAAACGGUCAGCAUUGUGGAGGGGGGCUGGUUGUGGUUCAGUCAGUCUGGUGCUAUAUUAUGUGGUGGUAGGAGUAGCCGUAUUGUCGGAAUAUAAAAUAAUAAUAAUGUUAAUGUUCUUGUGUAGUACUGUAGUAAGUCAGGGAGUUGUGUUAAACUGUUGUCUGCUGUGCUAGUUACUGCUACAGUGGGGAGGAAAAGUGCAGUGCAGUAUAUACUGGGGUGGGGUGGGGUGAGUAAGAUUUUUGUGACAGGAAUAAAUGUUUCAUUCUGGGACUGCCGAUGAA